AACUUUACGACAUACAGACGACAAGAAAAUGGUUUCAACAAGCGCACGUGUGUUAUUGGCAGGGACAGUUUUUGCUAUCAGCGCAAUUUUGACUUUGCGCUAUCUCAUGAAAAAGACAAGAAAAAAGACAGAAAAAUCUCAGGAGAAGAAUAAUGAGGAAGAUGAUACUUUGAUAAAAUUACCUACCAGUAUUUCUGGACAACAUGAUGAUCACACACACAAAGAUAUUCAUAUUCAUGGUAAACGAAAACAUCCAAAUGAAGAUUUUAUCAACGUGGAUGUGCAAAGUCCUAAAAAGCCUCACGAGAUGCCAAAGAGUAAACCUAUUGCUAAGGACGAGUCAGAAAAUUUGGAAUUCUUUAGAAAAGAACUUCAAAAAUUUCUAUCUGAGGGAGUCGAAAAUACUGACAAGAACACAAAUCAAAAUGCAGAAAGUAAAGAUGAUACACUAAAAGAAGAAUCAGAAACAAGAAAAGAUGACAACACCAAGAAAGUAGCAAAACAUGAAGUUAACAAUGGUUUAGAGGGAAAUAAAGAGGUGUUUUCAGGGGAGAUAAUUGAAUCUAAAAGGUCUCAGACGCUUUCAUCUACACCAAGGAUAGUAAUAUCAGGAAGUGAAUUAAAGAUACCUAAUCAAAAUGGAAGCACCCCAGAUGAAAGAAAAAUCAAUGCAAGUGGAAAAUCCAGUGAGGAAAAAGAAGGUACAGGAUCAGAUGAUGAUCAGAGUUACACAAGAUUCAGUGAAGAAGAAAUAACAGAUGCUUUGCUUGUAUCUCAGACAUCUCCUGGGAUUUUGUCUGGUUCAAAUGCUGAGGUUUUGUCCUCCUUAUUAACACAUCCUGAUCCAAAGCUACAAGAGACUGCCUUAAAUGGAAUCAAUCGAUGUUCUACUUUUACUAGAAAUCAGAAUUUGUUCCGUGAACAUGGAUGCUUGUCCAGACUGAGUAAUUUGCUCUAUCAACAAAGAAUGUCAAGGUCAGCCAACCCUAAAUUGGUGACAUCAGUAGCCAAUGCAAUAACAAACUUGUCGUCCAACGAAGAAAAUCAUAAGAAAUUAGAGGACUGUGUAUCCACCCUUGUAGAUUUAACAUUGGAGGAUGAGACUGGAGAGAGUGACUGUGUAUCCACCCUUAUAGAUUUAACAUUGGAGGAUGAGACUGGAGAGAGUGUAUGUCUAUCAUCUCUUAAAGCUUUAACCAACCUAUCCAUCACCAGUCAACAUCAUGGUCAUUACACAAGAGUCGUACAGAGAUUGUAUGAUUUAGUGGACACUGGAGCUGCCAGCAUUAAACUCCAAGCAGCAAAAGUUUUAGUAAAUCUGUCUUGUAAUCCAGAACUAGUCCCACAUAUGUUAGCUGCAAAGGCUCCAGUUUGUUUGAUCGAACUGCUUAAGCAAGGAACUGAAGAAGAGUUAAUGUUACGAUGGACAACUCUUCUCGCCAACAUUUUGACAACGGCCAAAGAACAAAAACUAACUUCUGCAUCAUUGCCAGCAGACGACAAAGCACCAAGUCCAGAGACAAUGUACACUGCUUUGUAUGGUGUUAGUUCAGGACAACUCAAAUCUAAAGUUUAUUUGUUGAGUCGACAUAAAAAUGAAAACAUCAGCCAUCAAGCUUCUAAAAUUUAUCAAGUUAUCACUAAAUAAGGAAUGUGUUGAUUGAACUUGACUUGAGCUGUGUCAGUGAAUGUAAAAAGAAUGAAUCAUCAUGUGUCUUGUUGCCAUGAAAAUUUGUUGUAUGAACUUUUGUUGCAUAAUUUUUAACAAAUCUCAAUGUUGCAGUCUUAUAAGGCUGUUCCAUCAUUUAAAGAUGCAUUCAGGGAGAAGGGCUUUUAAAACAAGAAACAGGAACAAUAUAGAUUUUAAAAAUGUUUAUAUGAUUUUUUAAAUAUUCUUUAAGAAAAUAUAACUGCCCACUAAAUAAUUAUUUUAAGUGCAGCCUGACCCUGCAUACAAUCGUUUCUGUAAAUCUUAAAGAAACUAUGAAAAUGUGCUACAAGAUUGUUAUUUAGUGAUAACGUUAUUGAACUUUUUCAACAAAGAACCCAUGAUAUAUCAUAAAUUGUUCAGCCUGGAAAGUGAAAGCUAAAUAGAACAGAUAAAGACUUGGAAAAUAUCACACAUACAUGUAGCAAUGAUAAUACCAAAGGAGACUGUUCAUCAUUAUAAUCAUUGAAUAAGAUGGUCUUCAAAUAUUAGAUCUGAUACAAAUAGCUUUGACCGAAGAAGUAGAGUUUUUAAUAACAAAUUUGAACAUUAUUAGCGUUUUUCAACUGAUAAAAAAACAUAUAAACAUGAAUUGUUUUUGUGAUUUUGUCACAAAUUAUGUUAUGUAAUCUUUGAAUUAGUAAAAUUACAAAUGGUGUGCAUUUUUUGUGUAAGCAUUCAAAUCAACCUUUUACAUUCAUAGGUCAACAAAACAUUCAAUACAAAGAUAAACAUCACACAUAACUUUUGAGAAGUUAAUGCUUAAGAGAACACUUUCCCUAUUACAUGUAGACUUAAUUUGUCUCUGAUUACUCUUUAUGUCCAAAGGGCUUUUUUUUCUGGUUAGGGCAGUUGAACAUCUGACCAAAUUCCAUUUAGAAUACAUGGAAUUUGUGCACUCAAAUUUGUUGCAGCAAGUUUCCAUCUCAUAUUGUAAUAGGUGCAUAGUCAAGCAUAUAAACCUUAUAGUUUUUGUUUUUCUCCAUGAACAUUUACUUUUCAUUUCAAACAACUUUUCACUUGACUUGUUAUUUUGUUCCCUUGGCAUAAAAUUGUAUGAGUAAAUUUAUGCAAAUAACCUGGUUGACCCACAUAUAUUAACAAGAUUUGUCUCAUCUUCCAUAUUUCUGUAAAAUGCAUAUUAGAUAAUAGUGCCGGCUAACCUAUUUGCAUAAAUUAGCUACCCUGAUUCUAUGGCUGGGAAACCAAAGAAAAUAACACCAGAUGCCAAUAUCUGAGCUAAAGCAAGAUAUGUUGACAAUAAAUGAAGUGUUUCAUUGCAGUAGUUGGUGAAAAGGGUAAAUAUUCAUUGAGAGUAAUGAAUAGGAAACAAAUGAUUUAUGGUUUAUUCUUUUACAAUGAGUUAUGAUUUUAAGUCAGAAACUUGACACCCCAAUGUUGGGUCUGCUGUUUGAAUGUUUUCUGCUUGAACUGUACUCUGAAAUUUGAUAACCUGUACCAAUGGCUAAAUCAGGCUCUAAGAAAUCAGAGCAACUUUGAACUAACAUCAUUAUCUAGCAAUUACUUUAAAAAGUUUGAAAUUCUAAGAACUAUGUGACUUUGAUUAUGUUAAAUGGCAAUUGUUUUGAGUAAUAUUAAAAUUCUCUCCUUCAUAUCUAAAAGCUUAUAUUUUUAUGAAAUAUUUACACGUGUGCAUAAGCUCAUUAGUUUUAAUUGUCUUUUUGUAAUUUAUAGUGCCGAAUAAGGCUACUUGUGUCUUUUGUCCUUUCAGAUAAGUUUUGAAUCAGCUAAGCUGACCUCAUUGCUGUAUGAAUUUCUUCACAUUUGUCCAUUUCAUUACUCUAUGGGUACAGCCGACCUCAUUGCUGUAUGAAUUUCUUCACAUUGUCCAUUUCUUUACUCUGUGUGUACUGCUAACCUUAUGAAGAUAUUAUCGAAUCAAGUUUUCCAAGCUUUGUUACAAUUAGGUUUAUAAGAAAUGGAAUGUUAAGAUUCACACAUAUAUAUUUAUGCAGAUUCAGAAUUUUCACACAUUGUCUGAAUGUAUUUGGUGAAGUCAUAUGAUAAUAACUUGAUGUAUAACUUAAUUAUCUCAAAGGCUAAUUGUGUCUUUUGUCCUUUCAGAUAAGUAUUAAAUCAGCUAAGCUCACCUCAUUGCUGUAUGAAUUUCUUCACAUUUGUGUCAAAUUGAAAUCAGGCAAAAUUUAUAUCAGUAUAACUGAUAACUAUAUUCAUACAAGAAAUUAUUUAUGUCUAGGAUUAUCCUAUUUUUUUCAAAAUAAAAAUGUUGUGUAAAGGGCAAGUCCCUUACAAGGUGAUUAUUUCUUCAUUUUAUUAUAAUUGAAUUACUGUAGAAAAUCAAGGUUGCUGUAAAAAGGAAAAAAUAUAAACAUACGAAGAAUUGCAAAGAUUAUAGAAGAAAUAUAGAUAUGUUAGACCAUUUUUCAUAUAUUUUUUUUUGUUUUUUAGUUGUAAUCUGGUUUUAGUUACUGUGGAUUCAUUAUUAUUCAUUGGAUACUAAUUUUCGUGGAUUUCGUUGGUAUAGGUGAACCAUUAUGUGCUCAACGAAUCACAACUUUUCUAUAAGGUUGUAUGCAGACUUUGGCAAAACCGCAUAAUCAAAUAUCCACAAAAAUGCAAGUUUUCCUCAAUACAUGAAAAUUGGUAUCCACGAAAAUAAAUGAAUCCACAGUACUUUUUAUCUUCUUUUAAGGGAUUUAAAGUUAAUUCUGAACAAUUUUAAUAAUUAUUGUUCAAAUUUGUGUUGUAAAUUUUUAAGAUUCAACUUUAAUCAUCAGCAGAUUUCUUGUACUGUAAUAUAUUUGGUAAUUCCUUUUUUAUGUGAUAGAUAUUCUAGUCCAAAAUAACCAGGAAAGAUAACAUGGAAACAAAAAGACUUAAAAAAUUAUUCUUAUUAAGGGAGCAACCAUUUAACCCCCCCCCCCCCCCCCCCCGGAAGUUAAAUGGUUGUUCCCUAAAUAUCUGUAUAUGUUUUGCCUUGCCUGCGUAUUCUUUGCAUAGGGGUGCUUAUCAUUCUAUUAAUUCUUUGUAUACAGCUUCAUUAUUAAGAAGGUUUAAGAGCUGCAUAAUCAAUAUCUGGUAGACAGAUGACAUAGGAUUUGAGGUUUGCAUAUGGCAAAUUACCACUUAAAUAAUGAACAUUUUUUAAUCAUGACUUUUUGCCAAUUUUAUGCUAAAUAGGACAACUUUAUAUGGUAAAUAUAUUUAUUGCAAGGUACACAUCUGUCAAAUAGGGUUUCAUGGUUCAGUGAUCAAAUUCAAAGUUAAGUUUUCUGUUUCUCAGAGACUUUUAGUAAUUAACGUCUCCGAGGAGACGUUAUUAAGAAUUGAACGAUGGACAGUCAGUGCGUGAAUGCCUCUUACUACCUGAUUGGAAGAUAUUACGAGACGUGAAUAAUCAAAGUUUGUUGAUUGGUUAGGACAAUCCAAACCUAGUAAAUGUCUUUCAAUCCCGUAGAGUAUGGGAUUUGUCCUCUCUAUUUUAGCAAUUAGAUUUUGCCUGGUCAUUAAUCAUGCAUAUUCAUGAGAUUGGUACACAGGUAACUUUUAUCUAUAAAUAGCCGAAUCUUCUGGAGUUUUGUAAACACACACAACGUUAAAUGAUAUACUACUUCAUAACGUGUGACCUCACAUGAGUGGUACAAUUUGUUGAUUGAUAUGCAAGACUAUUCUGAAUGAAUUAAUCUACAAAGCGAGAACACUUUCCAUUUUCAUCAGCUAAGAGACGGCAAGCCUUUUUUUGAAAAGCUAUUACUUGUAGGUCAACUAUUAUCAAUGUAAAGAAAAAUUGUACAGUAUACAUGUCCUUCUGACAUGGUUCACCUGACCUCAUGUUCAUGGUUCAUAGGUCAGUGUAAGUUUUGUAGAUUAGGUUCUUUUCUCAUAUACUAUAAGUAAUAGGUCAACUUUAUUGGGUGUAGAGAAUGAAUGUUAGGUGUACAUGUCCUUCUGACAGGGUUCUUAUGACCUUGACCUUAUUUUCAUUUAUCAUUGAUAAUGUUAAUUUCCUAUUAUAAAUGUAAUUUUAGAAAGAUCUUAUUCUUAAAAGACUUAACAUAAAAUUCAAUCAUAAUCAGUACGGCAAGCGAGAUACAUCAAGGUGAUCACUUGUAUCAAUAUUUUUACUGAUUGAAUGCAUAUGUUUUACAAAACUGACUGAUCCGAUUUCAUAACAUUUUAACUGUAGAAUGCUAACACUAUAAAUGUUUUGAUUGUCUUGAAGUUUAAUACAUUAUCAACAAUAUUUAUAUAGUUUCCAUUCAUUCCAUGCAUGAUCAUUUCAAUACAUGAAAUAUAUUAUGUUGUUGUUAUUUUCUUUUUUUAAUUAAAAUGAUAAUGUGAACCAUAGUUUAUUUUAAUGUAAUAAAGGACCAUUGUGAGCUUUUGCCA